UGUGUGGUGUGCGUCCAUAUUAAUGUGUUAUGUUGUUAACGCAGUGGACGUUGUGAGUACUUUGUGCAUUAAACUAUGUGAUUAUUUGAAGAAAUUGAGAAGUAAGCAAGUAUACAGUUAAGAACGUAUUGCUCUUCGGACUAAGGAAGUAUUUAAAGCACUGGGUUCUGUGUACACGUUCUUUCCCAAACUGGAAAGGAAGCGUGCCGGUGUUUACUUAUUCUGGAAGACUUGACAUUGAUGAGGAGGCCUGAACAAUGGCACUCCCUCCAUACCUGUUGGGACCUCAUCCAUGGGCCACUAUGAUGGCACAGCAGCAGGCAGCCCAUGCUCAGUUGGCUGCAGCUGCACAGGCACAGGCACAAGUCCAGGCAGCACACGCGCAAGCUGCGGCACAUGCGGCAGCAGCGCAGCAGGCUCAUCUUCAGGCUCAGGUGCAUCAAGUGCACCACCAUCCUCCACAUGCACAGCCACACAAGCAGCAUGAGAUCGUCACAGAAGAGAAACUACAGGAGAAAGCACAAAAGUGGCAGCAACUGCAGUCUAAAAGAUAUUCAGAGAAGAGGAAAUUUGGGUUUGUUGAUGCCCAGAAAGAGGACAUGCCCCCAGAACAUAUUCGUAAGAUUAUUCGUGACCAUGGAGAUAUGAGCAGCAGAAAAUACAGACAUGAUAAACGAGUCUAUUUAGGUGCAUUGAAAUAUAUGCCUCAUGCAGUUAUGAAACUCCUGGAAAACAUGCCAAUGCCCUGGGAACAGAUCCGGGACGUGAAAGUCUUAUACCAUAUAACUGGAGCCAUCACUUUUGUGAAUGAGAUACCGUGGGUCAUUGAACCUGUGUAUAUAGCGCAGUGGGGGACAAUGUGGAUUAUGAUGCGCCGGGAGAAGCGCGAUCGUCGACACUUCAAAAGGAUGCGUUUUCCUCCAUUCGAUGAUGAAGAACCUCCACUUGAUUACGCUGAUAACGUAUUGGACGUUGAACCAUUAGAGGCCAUCCAGAUUGAACUUGACCCAGAUGAAGAUGUUUCUGUCUGCAAGUGGUUUUAUGAUCAUAAACCACUAGUAGGAAGCAAACACGUAAAUGGUUCAACAUACAGACGCUGGAAUUUGUCACUACCUCAGAUGGCCACGCUCUAUCGACUUGCUAAUCAGCUUCUCACAGACUUGGUGGAUAUCAACUUCUUCUAUCUGUUUGACCACAAAUCAUUUUUCACCGCUAAGGCAUUGAAUAUGGCUAUUCCAGGAGGUCCAAAAUUUGAACCUCUUAUCAAGGAUUCAAAUCCUGCGGAUGAAGACUGGAAUGAGUUCAAUGAUAUCAACAAGAUAAUCAUACGUCAGCCAAUCCGCACAGAAUACAGGAUUGCAUUUCCAUACCUCUAUAAUAACAUGCCCCACUAUGUCCAUCUUUCAUGGUACCAUGCACCAAAUGUGGUUUAUAUCAAGACAGAGGAUCCAGACUUGCCAGCAUUCUAUUUUGAUCCGCUGAUCAAUCCUAUAUCUCACAGACACUCUCUUAAGGCUGCCGAGCCUUUACCUGAAGAUGAUGAGGAUUUUGAAUUGCCUGAGGAAGUACAGCCAUUCCUGCAGGAAACUCCAUUGUACACAGACAACACAGCAAAUGGAAUUGCCCUUCUUUGGGCUCCCAGACCAUUUAACAUUAGAUCAGGUCGAACGCGCAGAGCAAUUGACGUGCCUCUUGUGAAAUCGUGGUACAGAGAGCACUGCCCACCUGGUCAGCCGGUGAAAGUGAGGGUCAGCUACCAGAAAUUACUCAAGUACUUCGUAUUGAAUGCCCUGAAGCACAGGGCACCAAAACCACAAAAGAAAAGAUACUUGUUUCGGUCAUUCAAGUCUACCAAGUUCUUCCAGACAACCACCCUUGAUUGGGUUGAGGCUGGGCUGCAGGUGUGCCGUCAAGGUUAUAAUAUGCUUAACCUCCUUAUUCAUCGUAAGAAUCUGAAUUACCUGCAUCUUGAUUACAACUUCAACUUGAAACCUGUUAAGACACUCACAACCAAGGAGAGGAAGAAGUCUCGUUUUGGAAAUGCUUUCCAUCUGUGUCGCGAGAUAUUGCGUUUGACAAAGUUGAUUGUCGACUCACAUGUCCAGUACCGCUUGAAUAAUGUGGAUGCAUUCCAGCUGUCUGACGGCAUUCAGUACAUCUUUGCACAUGUUGGUCAACUCACAGGAAUGUAUCGCUAUAAGUACAAACUGAUGAGACAGAUACGGAUGUGCAAGGAUCUUAAGCACCUCAUCUACUAUCGUUUCAAUACCGGUCCAGUUGGCAAAGGUCCUGGAUGCGGUUUCUGGGCUCCAGGAUGGCGAGUAUGGCUCUUUUUCAUGCGAGGAAUCACCCCGUUGUUGGAGCGAUGGCUUGGAAAUCUUCUUUCUAGACAGUUUGAAGGUCGGCACUCUAAAGGCGUUGCCAAGACAGUCACCAAACAGAGAGUGGAAAGCCACUUUGAUCUGGAACUUAGAGCUUCUGUGAUGCAUGAUAUUGUGGACAUGAUGCCAGAAGGGAUCAAACAGAAUAAAGCCCGAACCAUUCUGCAGCAUCUUUCAGAAGCUUGGCGAUGCUGGAAAGCGAACAUUCCUUGGAAGGUACCUGGUCUUCCCACACCAAUUGAGAACAUGAUUUUGCGCUAUGUGAAGAUGAAGGCGGACUGGUGGACCAACACGGCACACUAUAAUCGUGAACGUAUCCGCCGUGGAGCUACAGUUGACAAGACGGUGUGCAAAAAGAACUUGGGUCGACUCACUCGACUCUACUUGAAGGCUGAACAGGAACGUCAGCAUAAUUACUUGAAGGAUGGUCCAUACAUUUCACCUGAAGAGGCUGUUGCUAUCUACACCACCACAGUCCAUUGGCUUGAAUCUCGAAGAUUUGCUCCUAUUCCAUUUCCUCCUCUCUCCUACAAGCAUGACACCAAACUUCUAAUUUUGUCUCUGGAGAGGCUCAAGGAAGCAUACAGUGUGAAGUCCAGGCUUAAUCAAAGCCAGAGAGAGGAAUUGGGUCUGAUUGAACAGGCAUAUGACAAUCCCCAUGAGGCUUUAUCAAGAAUCAAGAGGCAUUUGCUUACACAGAGAGCUUUCAAAGAGGUUGGUAUUGAGUUCAUGGACCUCUACAGUCAUUUGGUGCCAGUAUAUGAUGUUGAGCCAUUGGAGAAGAUAACAGAUGCAUAUUUGGACCAGUAUUUGUGGUAUGAAGCGGACAAGAGAAGAUUGUUCCCUCCGUGGGUGAAACCCUCGGAUACAGAACCACCCCCGCUGCUAGUGUACAAAUGGUGCCAAGGUAUCAACAAUCUUCAGGAUGUCUGGGAUGUAACGGAAGGUGAAUGCAAUGUGCUUCUUGAGUCUAAAUUUGAAAAGAUGUAUGAGAAGAUUGACUUGACCCUUCUUAACAGAUUAUUGAGGCUCAUUGUGGACCACAACAUUGCUGAUUACAUGACUGCCAAAAAUAACGUUGUCAUCAACUAUAAGGACAUGAACCACACUAACAGCUAUGGAAUCAUCCGUGGUCUGCAGUUUGCGUCUUUUAUUGUGCAGUAUUAUGGACUUGUGCUGGACCUCUUAGUUCUCGGGCUUCAGAGAGCCUCAGAAAUGGCUGGUCCUCCACAGAUGCCCAAUGACUUCCUAACAUUCCAGGAUGUUGCAUCAGAAGUUGCACAUCCCAUCAGGCUUUUCUGUCGUUAUGUAGACAGAGUGCACGUCUUUUUCAGGUUUACUGCUGAAGAGGCAAGAGAUUUGAUUCAGAGAUACCUCACAGAACAUCCAGAUCCCAAUAAUGAGAACAUCGUUGGGUACAACAACAAGAAGUGUUGGCCACGAGAUGCUAGGAUGAGACUGAUGAAGCACGACGUCAAUCUUGGCCGUGCUGUAUUCUGGGACAUAAAGAACAGACUUCCGCGAUCUACAACUACCAUCCAGUGGGAAAACAGCUUCGUCAGUGUCUAUUCCAAGGACAAUCCAAAUUUACUGUUUAAUAUGAGUGGUUUUGAAUGCCGUAUUCUUCCCAAGUGUCGAACAACUCACGAGGAAUUUACACAUCGAGAUGGUGUGUGGAAUCUCCAGAAUGAAGUGACAAAAGAGAGAACAGCGCAGUGUUUUUUGCGUGUUGAUGAAGAGUCUCUGCAGCGUUUCCACAACAGAGUUCGUCAGAUUCUCAUGGCUAGUGGUUCAACAACAUUCACAAAGAUUGUUAACAAAUGGAACACCGCAUUAAUAGGACUGAUGACGUACUUCCGGGAAGCUGUUGUAAACACUCAGGAACUUCUGGAUCUGCUAGUGAAAUGUGAAAAUAAAAUUCAGACCAGAAUAAAGAUAGGUCUCAAUUCCAAAAUGCCUUCAAGGUUCCCACCUGUUGUGUUCUACACGCCCAAAGAACUCGGCGGACUUGGAAUGCUUUCAAUGGGGCAUGUUUUAAUUCCACAGUCUGAUCUGCGGUGGUCUAAACAAACUGAUGUUGGUAUCACCCACUUCCGUUCGGGCAUGAGUCAUGAUGAAGAUCAGCUGAUUCCUAACUUGUACCGAUACAUCCAGCCAUGGGAGUCAGAGUUCAUAGAUUCACAGCGUGUGUGGGCUGAGUAUGCUCUGAAACGACAGGAAGCCAAUGCGCAAAACAGACGACUCACUUUGGAGGAUUUGGAAGACAGUUGGGAUAGAGGCAUUCCACGUAUCAACACUCUCUUCCAGAAGGAUCGACAUACUCUAGCCUAUGAUAAAGGAUGGAGAAUCAGAACAGAAUUCAAGCAAUAUCAGGUUUUGAAGCAAAAUCCUUUCUGGUGGACACACCAGCGCCAUGAUGGCAAGUUGUGGAACCUGAACAACUAUCGCACAGAUAUGAUUCAAGCUCUCGGAGGUGUGGAAGGCAUUCUUGAGCAUACUCUCUUCAAGGGUACAUACUUUCCGACCUGGGAAGGUCUGUUUUGGGAAAAGGCUUCAGGUUUUGAAGAAUCUAUGAAGUAUAAGAAGUUGACAAAUGCCCAAAGAUCAGGUUUGAACCAGAUCCCGAACCGUCGUUUCACACUGUGGUGGUCACCAACCAUUAACCGAGCCAAUGUGUAUGUUGGUUUCCAGGUCCAGUUAGAUCUGACUGGCAUAUUUAUGCAUGGUAAGAUUCCAACACUCAAGAUCUCGCUGAUCCAAAUUUUUCGAGCUCACUUGUGGCAGAAGGUGCACGAGUCUAUCGUUAUGGAUCUCUGCCAGGUGUUCGAUCAGGAGCUGGAUGCUUUGGAGAUCGAGACUGUGCAAAAGGAGACGAUCCAUCCACGUAAAUCAUAUAAGAUGAACUCUUCGUGUGCUGAUAUUCUGUUGUUCGCAGCUUACAAGUGGAAUGUCUCGAGACCAUCACUUCUUGCAGACUCGAAGGACACGAUGGACAAUACGACAACACAGAAGUACUGGAUUGAUGUUCAGCUUAGAUGGGGUGACUAUGACUCUCAUGAUAUCGAGAGAUAUGCUCGAGCAAAGUUCCUGGACUAUACAACAGAUAAUAUGUCCAUCUACCCAUCCCCUACGGGAUUGCUCAUCGCUAUCGAUCUAGCGUACAACUUGCACAGUGCCUAUGGAAACUGGUACCCAGGCUGCAAACCACUGAUCCAACAGGCCAUGGCAAAGAUUAUGAAGGCAAAUCCUGCUUUGUAUGUGUUGAGGGAACGCAUUAGAAAGGCUCUACAGCUGUAUUCUUCGGAACCUACUGAGCCCUACCUGUCGUCUCAGAACUAUGGAGAGCUCUUCUCCAAUCAAAUUAUCUGGUUUGUGGAUGACACCAAUGUGUAUCGUGUGACUAUCCACAAAACAUUUGAAGGCAAUUUGACAACAAAACCAAUCAACGGCGCUAUCUUCAUCUUCAAUCCUCGUACUGGCCAGUUGUUUCUUAAGAUCAUCCACACUUCGGUGUGGGCAGGACAGAAACGUUUAGGGCAGCUAGCAAAGUGGAAGACAGCCGAAGAAGUGGCCGCCCUGAUUCGAUCACUGCCCGUUGAAGAGCAGCCAAAACAGAUCAUUGUCACAAGAAAGGGAAUGUUGGAUCCACUUGAGGUACAUUUGCUGGACUUUCCGAAUAUUGUGAUCAAGGGUUCAGAGUUACAGCUGCCGUUCCAGGCAUGUCUCAAAGUGGAGAAGUUUGGUGAUUUGAUUUUGAAAGCCACAGAACCACAAAUGGUGCUUUUCAACCUGUACGACGACUGGUUAAAGACGAUUUCUUCGUACACAGCUUUCUCACGUCUGAUCUUGAUUCUGCGAGCCCUGCAUGUGAAUACUGAGCGCACUAAAGUGAUAUUGAAGCCUGACAAGACGACCAUCACGGAGCCUCAUCACAUCUGGCCGACGUUAACAGAUGAAGAAUGGAUCAAGGUGGAAGUUCAGCUGAAGGAUCUUAUUCUUGCUGACUAUGGCAAGAAAAAUAACGUGAAUGUAGCUUCACUGACUCAGUCGGAAAUUCGCGACAUAAUCUUGGGUAUGGAGAUCAGUGCUCCAUCAGCUCAACGCCAACAGAUAGCAGAAAUUGAGAAACAAACAAAGGAGCAGUCUCAGCUCACUGCUACUACAACACGAACGGUCAACAAACAUGGUGACGAGAUCAUCACAUCGACCACAUCCAAUUAUGAGACACAAACAUUCAGCUCUAAGACUGAGUGGCGGGUUCGUGCCAUCUCGGCAACAAAUCUGCAUCUGCGUACUAAUCACAUCUACGUAUCAUCUGAUGACAUAAAAGAGACGGGCUACACGUACAUUCUUCCAAAGAAUGUCCUCAAAAAGUUUGUGACUAUCUCUGAUUUGAGAGCACAGAUUGCUGGAUACUUGUAUGGUAUCAGUCCGCCCGAUAACCCCCAGGUAAAGGAGAUCCGAUGCAUCGUCAUGGCUCCGCAGUGGGGCACCCAUCAGACCGUGCACUUGCCGGGCCAGUUGCCACAGCACCAGUACCUCAAGGAGAUGGAGCCGUUGGGCUGGAUACACACUCAGCCAAAUGAAUUGCCGCAGCUCUCCCCACAGGACAUAACUACGCACGCGAAGAUAAUGGCAGAUAAUUCUUCGUGGGAUGGAGAGAAAACAAUCAUCAUCACAUGCAGUUUUACCCCCGGCUCUUGCUCUCUGACUGCGUAUAAACUUACGCCAAGCGGAUACGAGUGGGGUCGACAGAACACCGAUAAGGGCAACAAUCCAAAAGGUUACUUACCGAGCCAUUAUGAGAAGGUGCAGAUGUUGCUUUCAGAUAGGUUCCUCGGUUUCUUCAUGGUUCCGACGCAGGGUUCGUGGAACUAUAAUUUCAUGGGUGUCCGCCACGAUCCUAACAUGAAGUACGAGUUGCAACUUUGCAAUCCGAAGGAAUUUUACCACGAAGUUCACCGCCCAGCUCAUUUCCUCAAUUUCUCGUCUUUGGAGGACGGAGACGGAGUCGGGGCAGACAGGGAAGACAUGUACGCGUGAGGAGCUUCAUGUCUGCUGCAAAGUAAGCAUGUGUGUCAGCGUUGUAUAUAAAGUACUGUCGUUUGACUGUAAGCUGAAGAAUUAAAAUACAAUUCUAAUGAUCAAGAAUUAUGACUAUGCAGAAUGUUUUGUUGUUUUACAAAAUGUUGACUACAUAAUCCAUCGGAAAUAAAUGUUUUUAUUUUCAUAGAUUAGUGCAAUUCUGCUUAAAAUACCCCAAAUUUGAUAACGCGUAUAUAACUUUUAAAAUUUUGUCUUGCAGCAUUACGUAAAGAUAAAUGUACUUCAUGAAUACCAAUAAAAAACUGAGCUGUGUU